AUGGAGAAGUGUCUGCUCCUGGCUCUGGGCACAGCCAACCUCUGUGCACAGCCCUGCUCCGGGUGGGGACACCCUCCCUUCCUACGUUGGGGAGAGACCUGUCCCUUCGCAGCCCAAGACCCCGAGUUCCGCAGGGUGUGCGGCGACUUCAGCUUCCAGUGUCAGAGCGGCGUGUGCAUCAGCCUGAUCUGGAGGUGCGACGGCAUGGACGACUGCGGAGACCGCUCGGACGAGGCCGGCUGCGAAAACCCCACGGAAGCCCCCAGCUGCUCCCGCUACUUCCAGUUCCAGUGCGGGAACGGCCGCUGCAUUCCCAACAGGUGGAAGUGUGACCGGGAGAACGACUGCGGGGACUGGUCCGAUGAGAAGGACUGCGGGGACUCGCAGGCCCUGCCCUCGCCGACCCCGCAGCCCUCCACGUGUCUGCCCGACUACUUCCGCUGCAGCAGCGGCUCCUGCGUGAUGGACAGCUGGGUGUGUGACGGCUACCGGGACUGUGCUGAUGGCUCUGACGAGGAAGCCUGCCCCUCGCCCCGUGAGUGCCGCCCUGGCCCUCCCCCUUGGGGGGCACACCGUCCCCUCCAACGGUCCUUGAUGGGGGGGAGGCCAGCCAGCCUACUGUCCACCACAGCCCCGGCCCCGCUUGCGGUGCCCAGGGCUUCUUCAGGUGCUCUGGCCUGCAGACGGUUUACUCACCCUGUCUUCCCUUUCCUAGUGUUGGACGCCCCUGGGAGCCUGCAACUGUUCCUCUACCACAAGGCGGGCAAAGUGAUCCUAGCUCGCUGGGCUGCCCCUCCGCAGGCCUACGGACAUCGUAAGUGCUUCUGGGGCCCUGGGGCCCUCGUGGUCACGCAGCCCUGGGGACACGGGGCAGCCUCCCGCUGGGGUCGCAGGUCGCCCUGGGCUCUGCUGCUGGCUGUGAGCCUGUCCUGUCUUCUCUCCCAGGUGGAGCACAGCCGGAGCGGCUCCAGGGUGUGGGCCUCCCAGAGGUCUGCGGGCAACUUCACCGAGAUCGGGGACCUGCAGCUCAACACGCAGUACAGCGUCAGGGUGGCGGCCGUGACAAGCCGUGGGAUCGGGAACUGGAGUGACUCCAAGUCCAUCACCACCAUGAAAGGAAAAGCCAUCCCACCUCCGGACAUCCACAUCGACGGCUAUGACGAGAGUUCCCUGAGCUUCACGCUGACCAUGGGGAGCGACAUGAAGGUCAGCAGCUACGUGGUGAACCUCUUCUGGGCUUUUGACACCCACAAGCAAGAGAAGAGAACACUGACCUUCCGGGGGAGAGUGUUGUCUCACAGAGUGCUGGCGGGGUCCACGCGGAGCCAGGCCUCUGACACGUGUCCGGUUUACGGCAUCUUCUACGCCACGUCCUUUCUGGAUCUCUACCAGAAUCCCCAGAGCGGGACCACUUCUCUCCACGACACAACGGUCCUGGUCGGCGGGGACGAGCAGUAUUUGUUCCUGGUGAGUCUCCCCGGCUGGAGGGGUCUCUGCUGCUUCCCUGCGCACACGGCCGACGGCCUCGGCCACCUGCAGCUCAUGGUGGAGGACGGAGGAGCUGCCAUGGUGGGUUGA